ACGCACGCGCACUUCCGCCUUGUGCCGGAAGCACCGUGGCUAACGGAAGGGAUCUCCGAGUGUGGGGACUUCUUGGAGAGUUUUGUGCCGCGGGACUGCGGCGGCCGUAGGCGGAUGCGAUGCUGACCCCCGCGUUCGAUCUCAGCCAGGACGCUGACUUCCUGACCGUCGCCAUCCGCGUGCCGUACGUCCGAGUCUCCGAGUUCGACGUCUACUUUGAGGGGGUGGACUUCAAGUUCUACGCCAAGCCGUACUUUCUCAGGUUGACCCUCCCUGGGAGAAUUGUAGAAAAUGGAAGUGAACAAGGGUCCUAUGAUGCAGAUAAAGGAGUUUUUACCAUUCGAUUGCCCAAAGAAACGCCUGGCCAGCAUUUUGAAGGGCUGAACAUGUUAACUGCUCUCCUGGCACCAAGAAAAUCCAGGACAGCAAAGCCACUUGUGGAAGAAAUAGGUAUUUCAGAGGUUUCUGGGGAAGUUGAAGAUGAUGAUGAUGAAGAGUUCGAUUGGGAAAUUGAACAGACUCCCUAUGAAGAGGCAUCAGAAAGUCCUUUGAAUCCACAGUGCCACUAUGGAUUUGGGAACUUACGGUCAGGAGUGGUUCACCGAUUACAGGAUGAAUUGAGUGAUGUUAUUGAUAUUAAGGAUCCAGAUUUUACUCCUGCAGCUGAACGAAGACAGAAACGCCUGGCUGCUGAGCUGGCCAAGUUUGAUCCAGAUCAUUAUCUAGCUGACUAUUUUGAAGAUGAAGAGAUUGAACGGAUUUUGAAGUAUAAUCCUUGGUGGACUGAAGCAUAUUCCAGAUUGAUGGCCUCUUUGGGAAAGAGCCAGGAGCAGGAAAUGCAUGCUGCAUCAGUAUCUUUUUCUGAAGAAGAGAAAUACCAGCUGCGAAAAUUUGUCAACAAGUCUUACCUGCUGGACAAGAGAGCCCUUCGUCACGUGUACUAUAGUUUGAUUGACAUCCUCCUGGCAUACUGCUAUGAGACGCGUGUCACUGAAGGAGAGACGAAUGUUGAAUCAGCAUGGAAUAUCAGAAAACUGAGUCCAACGCUGUGCUGGUUUGAGACAUGGACUAAUGUUCAUGAAAUCGUGGUGUCUUUUGGAAGAAGAGUUCUGUGCUACCCACUUUAUCGCCAUUUCAAGCUGGUGAAGAAGGCCUACAGUGACACCAUAAAGAUACUACAGCUAGGUAAAAGUGCCAUUUUAAAGUGUCUUCUGAAUAUUCACAAAAUUUUUCGGGAAAAUGACCCAGCUUACAUUCUAAAUGAUCUCUACAUCUCAGACUACUGUGUGUGGAUUCAGAAAGCCAAGUCCAAAAAGUUGGCAGCUCUCGCAGAAGCCUUAAAGGAAGUCUCCCUGACAAAGGCGCAGCUGGGACUAGAACUGGAAGAGCUAGAAGCAGCAGCACUGCUUGUCCAGAGGGAAGAAGCCGCGUGCCAGGCAGCCCCCUCUGUUCCCGGGCAGCAGCCACUUUGCUCCAGCCCAGAGGCAGGCGAUGCCGAGGAGUCGGAAUCGGAGGGGUCAGAGGCCAGCAGCACUGUGUCGUCGGAAACCGAAGGCUCCGCUUCAGAACCCGAGGAGCACAAAGGUGGUCCCUCCGAGUCGGGGAAUUCUUUGGAAGGCCCCUUUCUCGAACAGAGCAGCACCCUGCUUCUUGCUAGUGGUGGGGUGUGCAGAAACCCGGCCACGCAGCAGUCUGACGUUGGCCAGCUGAAGCCUCUUGCCUCUCGCCGGGCUCCUGGAGGGGGCAGGCCUCUCAUAGAGGAGCUUGGGGAGCACCUGGGGACAGCCAUGCAGGUGUCCGAGGCUGAGGGUGCCGCGGCUGGAAGCCAGGGCGGUGUGCAGGAGAGAGGGGCACAGCAGAUGCCAAGUGGCUGACUGCAGGUGGCUGUACUCAUUGUGGGCAACUCGGCCCGACUUGGUUCACCUGUGAGUCAGAAGACCCUGCUCUUGCUUGCCUGCUGUAGACAAUAUUGUGUUUCUGUAAGCUGAUUCUGAGGCCAUUUGGUUUCCUUGUUGGAAUUCUAAAAUUAAAGUUCUAAAGUCAUUUUACCAAAUGUGUAGCUGAUAAAGAUGAAGAUAAUGGCGUACUGCCGCCAGACGCUCGGGGCUGUAGAGCCCAUGGAUACGUGCAGCCUCACUGAGGUCUACUCGACAGACAGCAGACCGCCCACGCUGCAAGAGUGCAGUGCCCAGGGAAACCCUCGCUGCCAUCCAGGCCGUGACCUCUGCAUCUCCUCCACGUGUCCCCAGGCCCCUUCGUUAUCCCUCCCGGCCACCCGCCUUCCCCAGGCAACCGCUGCUCAGCUUUCUGUCCCUGCACGUGAGUGUGCAUCUCCUACAACCGUACGUGAAUCGAUCAUGCAGUAAUAUGUGCUCUUUUCCUGGCAGGCGUACUCCACUCUGUGUAGUUAUUUUGAGAGGCAUCCCAUGUGUCAAGAGUUUCGUUGUGUUUCACUACCGAGUACUAUUUUCUUGAAUUGAUUUGUCCAUUCACCUACUGAUGCUGUUUGGACAGUUUCCAGUUUUUGACUGUUACAAAUAAAACUGUUAGGAACAUUUGUGUACAA